AGAAGGAAAAAUCCAUGGCCACAAUAAACGAAGAUGAUGAUGUAGUAGAGCUCGAUAUAGACGAGAUCCAAGACACUGCAACAGGAACUCAGGUAGGGGCAUCGAAAGGCAAGCGAAAAAGAAGAUUGACCUCACCUGUGUGGCAAUUCUUUGAGAAGUUGGCAGAAAAGUCUAUUGAUGGAGUUCGAUGAUUAUGCUGAUAAUGUGUAUUCAGCAUCUUCGAAAAAGUCUGAGCUAGAAAAGUACUUAGAUGAGACAAGGAGCGAUAGAAAGACAAAUUUGGACAUUCUUGAGUAUUGGAAGAUUAACUCCCAACGAUAUCCGACAGUUGCAAGGAUGGCUCGUGAUGUUUUGAGCAUUCCCAUAUCCACGGUUGCCUCCGAGGCAGCAUUCAACUGUGGAGGUCGUGUUCUUGAUCAGUAUCGGAGUUCUUUGAAACCCGACCUUGUGGAAGCACUCAUGUGCUCUCGAGAUUGGCUUUAUGGAUUAGCCGAUGGUUGUGGAAUCUCCGUGAAUCAACUCACAGAGGAUGUCAUGAACUUAAACAUUAGCGAGGAGCCAUCAACUCAAGGGUCCAAUACUGUGGUUAAUUAAGGGAGAGAUUAGCUCUUGGGAAUAUCAACAAGUAU